UUUGUUCAAGUUGUUUAGACAUUUUAGAUUUACAAAAUCUUGAAAAUCUCAUUCAAGCAGCAACUUUGUUUCCCAUAAAAAUGAACUUGGCCAUGACGCAUAAACCUCUCGUAUCCCUCGACCAUAACCGAAUGUAUUUAGAAAUCGACCAUAUAGUGGUAGUUUCUAGUUCAUUCGAAACCUUACUCCCCUUACUAACACAAGUGACCAAAGUGACUUGUAUUUUGUUGCUUGAUUUACAAUCCGCAUAUUACUGAUAAGAACUGAUAUGCCUGUAGGCUUCAGAUUUGCAAUAUCUGGUUAGUCAAAAUUGUCCAAUUAAUAUGGAGGAACAACCAACAUCGUUGAUUAAACUAGUGGAGCAAAACGAUCGUGAACAUGGGGUUCAAGAAGUGCGAAUUGCUGUGCCUUUCGGGGAGAUCGCCGGAAAAUGGUGGGGACCGAAAGACGUCCGUCCGAUAAUUUGUUUGCAUGGUUGGCAGGAUAAUGCUGGAACAUUCGACACACUAAUUCCUCUGUUGCCGAAACAUAUGAGUUUUCUGGCAAUCGAUUUUCCUGGACACGGAUUUUCGUCUAGGAUUCCCCACGGUAUGAGCUAUCAAACCAUGGGGUCCAUCUCGCUGCUACUGGGCAUCAUGGAAGAGUACGGCUGGAAAAAGGUAUCGUUAAUGAGCCACUCGAUGGGAGCAGUACUUCAGUUUGUUUUUGCUGCCAUUUUCCCGGAUAAAGUUGAUUUAAUGAUUUCACUCGAUUCAUUGAAGCCUCAAAUCAUGAAUGCAGAGUUGGUUGUAUCACGUCUUCAGACUAACAUUCCCCAGAUGAUAAUAGCUGACCACAGGAAUCAAGAAAAAUCGGAGCCUCCCUCUUACACCUACUCUGAAUUGAUCGACAGACUUCACGAGGGUACCUACAAAUCUAUCAGCCGUGAAACUUGUCCAUUUUUACUGCAUCGAAACAUCAAACCUAGUGUCAAGUUUCCAGAAAAAUAUUAUUUCACUCGGGACAGUCGAUUGAAGUACCACAUCGGAACACCUUUCUCGCAUGAGGUGAUCCUCGACAUGGCCAAACGAAUUAAAAUGCCGUUCUUAUUCUUGAAGGCUACGCAAUCGCCAUAUUUUGAGGAUAAAAAGUAUUAUCAAGAAGUCGAGGACUUGCUGCGGGCUGGAAACCCAUACUUCGAGAAACAUAUGAUCGCAGGACAACACCACGUGCAUUUGACUGAUCCGGAAAGGGUGGUACCUAUCUUGUCCUCGUUUUUGAGCAAGUAUUGGCGAGAGGACCGAGAUGUGGUUUGCAAGUUAUGAAAUAAUUGCUUACUCGUCAGCAAAACCUAAUUAGGGCAGCAGAGUACGUUAUACGUUGUGAGUCUUUUUUUUUGUUUCAAGUAAAUACCCUAAGGUUUCUAAAAAAAGCGAGCAUCUCUAUUGCGCUAAACGGAUGUAUGGGAAAAUUUAAUAAAAAGAAUAAAAACAUUCCAAGGACUCGAAGGAUU